AUGACGAGGUUCACAAUCAUACUCUGGGCUGCCCUGUGCCUGUCCAUCACGUUGCUCACACAACACGUCGUGGCGGAGGGCAUCCAGCAACGUGAUGUCGUAGCAUCGGACCGCUUUCUCGACGAGCUGCCAGCUUGUGCUGUCUCCUGCUACGCUACCGCAAAGGAAAACUCUAACUGUCAAUCUUGGGCCGAGGGCUGCAUCUGCCUGAACGCGACACAAAAGUCGUUUAUACUUAGCUGCGCAGGCGACACCUGCCCUGUUAUCGAGCAAUUCCAAACACGAAAUGUGAUGGACACACUCUGUGGAAUCGCUGCCAGAAAUCCCGGCACCCUGACCCGUCUUAUCUGCUGGGUUGGCUUUCUCGUCUCUGGCGGCUUUGUCCUCCUGCGCAUACUCUCCAAGGUCACCCUCGCCGACAGCCGAUCGCCCCCUUUGGCUUACUUAAGCCCCGACGACGGCCUGACCAUAAUGGCCUACCUGCUUUCUCUACCAUGCUACUACAUCGUUGCCUUCAAGCUCAUCGAUGCUGGGCUUGGGAGAGAUCAGUGGACUCUGACUCCACAACAAGUUAACGACUUUUCGUAUUGGCUCUAUGUCAUGGAGCCGAUAUACCUCGCCACCAUCUGGUGUAUCAAGGCCUCGUUCCUCUAUCUCUUCAUCCGUCUUUUCGCUACCGGGCAAAGCGAGCGUUUCUGCCUACGAGGUCACCUGAAGCUGCGUCACGCCCUCUGGGGAACCGCCAUUGCCAACACGCUUUACAUAAGCUCAUUCAUCAUCACCUUCAUCUUCCAGUGCACACCCAUCUCGUUCACCUGGACGAAAUGGCAAGGCCAGGCUGAGGGAACAUGUGUCAACGUCAACGCCGUCAUCUGCACCCACGGCGCCUUGGGCAUCACGUUCGAUCUUUGGAUUCUGUAUAUGCCCAUGUCGCAGCUGUCGGGCAUGCAUCUGCCUGGUCGGAAGAAGUUGCAGGUGGGCUUGAUGCUGGGCAUCGGUGCUAUUGCUACUUUGGCCAGCUUCCUUCGGCUACAGGGGAUAGCGACAUACGCCGCGUCGCUCAACGCCACACGGGAAAACUACAACAGCACCGCAUGGUCGCUAGUGGAGAUCAGCAUUGGCAUCAUCUGCACCUGCCUGCCAGCCACUCGUCUUCUGAUUAUACGGGUUAUACCUGAUGCUUGGCACCGCGUCCAGGGCAAGCCACCGCGGCCGGUGUCGGCGCAGACGCACGCCACGUUCCGACCAACAUCCACGCUCCGACCGACGUCAGUCGCCCAGCCGACGCCCGGACAGCCACGGCAUUCACGCAGCUCCGGAUUCCGCAGCAAAGUUCAGAAGCCGAUGUCGACCUUCACCAGGAACUGUAGCACCAGCAAAAACUUUGGAUCAGAUACCAAUGAUGGCACUGCCAGCUUUGCUCGUCAGCCAAGUAUAGCGGACUGCCCGGCGGAGAAGGCCGCCAGCCCAAAGGAAGGGCCGACCUCUUCAGAACCCAUCGAGCCGCUAAGCGUGGCGCUGGCGCGCAUUUCUGAUGAUAAACCGGCCGGCCUGGUGGAUGAGAAGGAGGGCACACUGGCACCAAGCGGCGACGGCGGUCUUCUUGGCCACCACCCCAGUGCGGCCGCGGUACCUAGCGAGUCUUCCGUGACUCUGACGCGCCCCUUGACUCCAGACUACUUCAGUGUACGCAUAAAUGCGCGAACGGCGACCAGGCGAGCCGCCAAGGCGGCCGCCAAGCAGCGCGCCCUGCCCUCGCCCUCGGAAGAGCCGAAGGAGCCGCAGCAAGAACAGGAUCAGAAAUCAGUCGACGCGGUGUCAACGCCCCUGACACCGGCAAAACUAGGCAAGGCUACUGCCACAAGCAUGGACGAGACGGCGGAAGGGGUGGUCGGCCUGGGACUCACUUGCCCAAGACCUGCCCAUACCGCCUCCGGCAGCACAGUGGAGGGAACCUAUGAGCCGCAGCAGGCGGUCGGCCCGCGGCAGCGGAUGAACCCGUCGGCCCGCCUCUGCUUGUCGCCGCUGCCUUCUACCUCGGGCUGGGACACUUUCGGUGUCGCAGAGUCCGACUCGCCAGGCUCGUCACCGGAUCCACAGGGGGUUCACGCUCAUUCUCCUCUUGGGGACUAG